AUGUUUCCGUCCUCUCAACUCUCCAGAAGCCUGCUCAAAUGCCAAAGAGCUGUUUCAGUAGCUCUCAGUACGUUUUCUUUUGUUUUCACUUGUGUUGUGUUUUUAGAACCACGAAUAUUUGCGUUUCUGUCAUUUCAAAUUAGGGCAAUAUCAAAUCUUUUCAGUAAACAGUGAGAUCCGCAAUGUCUUGCUCCUGCAACGUCCAAAAGAGCAUGAGCUGCUUCCAGGUGCCAUGGUUUUCCCAGGAGGAAAGUUUGAGAUCACGGUGGAUUCGGAAUUCCCAAGAAAGAAGACAAAUUGGAAUUUAGUGGAAGAACAACCUCUCCGGCCGAUGGAGCUAGCCGAAGAUUAUGUGUUCAGAGUAGCGGCUUUGAGGGAGCUCUUCAUCCAGACGGGCACUUUGUUACUCUACUCGGUGAAUUGCAGAGAAUCCAGCAUUGUUACAUCAAAAGACGAUAAAGCUUUGAUCGAAUGGAAGGAUAAGGUGAGAUUUUUAAAUUUUUCUUUGACAUUUAGGCAGAAAUUUAGACGAAAUACGACUCUGUUUGGUGUCAGUUGACAUUGUUUUGUCAGUUCAGUCCUGACAAAGUUUAUAAUGCAUUUGAGUAUCAGCUGCUAAAAAUCCAUUUAAUUUUCAUGUUUUUAGGUGAAGAAUGAACCCACCAAGUUUGAAGAGCUUUUCAACAAGACGGAUAAACUAGAUGUUAACUUGUUGAUUCCUUGGUCAAACUGGCUCACGCCUAUGGGAUCUCUGAAUCGUUUGGAUAAACUCUUCUUCUUGGCUCCAUUUGAUAACCUGAAUGAGACCUUUUGGGACUUGGAAGAGGGGAAUAUGUUCUUUGGACAUCCUUCAGAUAUAAUCGAGAAGAAUGCAACUAGUGAGUGGAAGAUUUGAUAAUUUAUAUUAUAUUAGGUAUAGUUAAUUUCGGAAGUUGUAAUUUUGAAUUAUCUUUUUGAUUAUAUUGAUGUUGCUUUAUAUAAAACGUCUAGUAUAAUAUAAAUAACCUUUGUGACUUUUUCAGGUGGACUUUCUGUUCCGAUUCCUCAAUUCUACGAGCUUUUGCGGAUCCGUCUCUCCCAUCACGACCAUUUACACAGUCAAAUCAGCGCUCGGUUAGUCCUUCCUCAACUAAUCCAUACCGAAGAUCAGAAGCUUGGAGCCUUUUUGUUCCCAGAAGAUCAGCUUUAUCUCUCCGAUGAAUCCGAAUUUGUUUCGGCAAGGACUUUGAAGGAGUCGGAGAUUGUGCCUAAUAAGGAAAUUGAUCAGCUGAGGACCAUUCAUCGGAUCGUUUUUCAAAAAGGAUUUGUUGAAAACGAACUUUUCCUCCAGAAUGUUCCAAAAAUGCCCUUCAAACCGCAUUUAUUUCACUGUAACGGGAAUAUUUACAACGAUUUCCCUUAG